AUGGAGCAUAAGAAUGGCACUGUGACGACAGAUUUCAUUCUGAUGGGGUUCCAGCUGCGAGCAGAGCUGCAGAUGGGUCUCUUCUUUGUGUUUCUGAUCGUUUACCUCAUCACCAUGGUGGGCAACCUGGGCAUGAUAGUGCUGAUUCAGUGUGACCUUCACCUCCAGACUCCCAUGUAUUUCUUCCUCAGCCACCUUUCCCUCCUGGACAUUUGUUACUCCUCUGUUAUUGUCCCUCAGUUGCUUGAGAGUUUGGGUACUGAUAAGAUGGUCAUCUCCUAUGAGUGCUGUGCCACCCAGUUUUUCUUUUUCACAUUCUGUGCUAGUACCGAGUGUUUCCUUUUGGCUGUGAUGGCCUAUGACCGCUAUGUGGCCGUGUGUAACCCUCUCCUGUAUGCCACUACCAUGACACCACAGACUCGCCUGGGCUUAGUGUCUGGGGCAUAUGCUGGUGCCAUGGUCAAUUCUGUGAUCCGCACUGGGUGUACCUUCUCGAUUUCCUUCUGUAAGUCCAAUCACUUGGACUUCUUCUUUUGUGACCUCCCACCUCUGCUGAAGCUUGCCUGUAGUGAGACCAGGCCACGGGAACGAGUAAUCUACCUCUUAGCUUUCUUGGUCAUUACAACCAGCAUUUCAGUGAUUCUAAUAUCAUACCUGUUCAUCAUCCAGGCAAUUCUGAAGAUUCAUUCGGCAGGUAGCAAAGCCAAGACUUUCUCCACCUGUGCUUCCCACAUGACUGCAGUGGCUCUUUUCUUUGGAACACUUAUAUUCAUAUACUUGAAAGGUAAUAUGGGCAAAUCACUCAUGGAGGACAAGAUUGUGUCAGUAUUUUACACUGUGGUCAUCCCUAUGCUGAACCCAAUGAUCUACAGCCUGAGAAACAAGGAAGUGAAAGAGGCUCUGAAGAAAGUUCUCAACAGGAUGAGGGUUUCCCAAGUAGAGUAA